AUGUUGCAAUUCCUACUACACGAGAAAAUGUAUGCCAUGAAUUCCUUCUUCAAGAAGAAGCCCCAGAGGAAAUGGACAUGGCACAGCCCCGACGACCCCAUACAGUACCAACAGCACAUCGACCGAAGCUUAGGUUACCUUAAGGAGGUAAAGACAGAAGAAAUCAACAUUGAUGAACUUAGUAAAGAAAUCACGCACACAUUAAAGAUGGCCCAAGAAAAAUUUACCUCUAAAGAUAAAACAAACAAGGGAAAACUAAGCAAGAACACCAAGGAUCUCAUGACACAGAGAAGAGUACUAAGAGAAAAUCCCACCCAAAACCAACCUGCAUUAAAACAACUAAACAAAAAUAUCUCAAAGGCUGUAAGGAAGGAUAUACGUAAAUACAAUACGGAUGAAAUCAUUAGGGUGAUAGAGAAAAAUAAAGGUAUAAAAAUCCUAAACAAAAAUCUUUAUGAUACUAAGAGGAGUGUCUGCAGACUAAUGGAUCAGCAGGGUAAUGUAACAUCAAAUAAAGAAGAAAUCCUAAAAGUUGUUGAACACUUUUACAAAACCCUCUACAGAGAGCGAAACUUGGAAGAAGAACAUGCGCGAAUCCCUCAUAUCCAAAAUCAAGGAUCAGAAGACAUCCCUGAAGUAACCAUAAGCGAAGUAGAAAAUACCCUUGCCUCCAUGAAGAAUAACAGGGCACCUGGUGAAGACCAAAUAAUAAUAGAGGCCAUUAAAGUCAGUGGAAAAUCUAUGAUGUGCGCCUUACAAAAAUUGUUCAAUGCAUGCAUCUCCAAAGGGAUCACACCUACCCAGUGGAAUAAUGCCGUCAUCAUUCUCAUCCACAAGAAAGGAGAUAUUGCCAAUCUUACCAACUACCGGCCUAUUAGUCUGUUGUCCCACAUUUAUAAGUUAUUUAUGAAGAUUAUUACACAACGACUAACACCAAAGUUGGACUUCUAUCAGCCAAGGGAACAGGCGGGCUUCAGAAAAGACUACGGAACAAAUGAUCACCUGCGUUAA